AUGUCUGCACAAGUUUCGUCCGUUUCCCCUUCGUUGGUCACCAACGUCGUCACAUUGCUUCGCCAGCGCCAAAAGGCCCUCAUCAAGCGCGGCAAGGCCAACCCCGCCAUGUCGAUGCUCGCCCUCACAGCGAUCCUCUACUUUUGGCUAGGUCGUAUGCGCUCCAAGAAGGCUCCCCCACGCGGCAUGGCCAUCCCCCAUCUCAAGUCCAGACUCUUUAUGCUCGAUGUCGGAUAUUCCUAUGUCAAGGCCAGAGCAGACGGAGAUGAGCUCAAGUGGGUCCAGGGACUCUCCAAGCAAGGAUUGACGCUGACGACAGAGUUCAUUGGUCACUGCCUCAUCCUUGCCUUCGAGCCCUCGUCUGUCCAGCAUAUCCUUGUCAAGAACUUUGAGAACUAUCCCAAGGGCCCUGCGUUCCACAAGGCUUUCUUCCCUUUCAUGGGCACAGGCAUCUUCAACGCCGACGGCGCCGCCUGGAAGAACCAGCGUGCCCUCGCCCGCCCCCAUUUCCAAGUCACAGAAUACAAGGGUGCAGCCCAUAUCGAGACCCAGAUCAACCAAGUCUUUGGCAUCCUCGACAAGUCCAUCGCCGCCGGCGAGGUCAUUGACGCACAAGAUCUCUGGUCCCGCUACACGAUCGAUACCGCGACUGGUUUCCUGUUCGGAGACUGCAUCAACGCCCUUGAUGUCCCUCAAUCGAAAUUCGUCUCAGCGUUCAACUACACACAAAAGGUCUGUGGGUGGAAGAUCCGUCUGUGCGAUUACCAGUCCUUGGUGCCCGCGAAGGAGUUCCCUCAGAAAGUCAAGGAUAUGGAUGAGGUGCUGAUGCCUAUUGUUGAUGCUGCGAUUGCCAAGGAAAUCAAGCGGCAUUCGGAGGCGAGGGAGGGAGAGGAGAAUGAGCACAAGAACGAUAACUUGCUAGUGCACUUUUUGAACUCUGUUGAUGAGCAUGGUCAGCCCUUUGAUCGUGUCUACCUCCGUGACAUGUUGAUGAACUUCUUGCUCGCUGGACGAGACACAUCGACCAACUUGCUGACUUUCAUGUGCUACAACUUGGGCAAGCACCCCGAAGUGAUGGACCGCGUCCGCCAAGAGAUCUUCUCCGUCGUCGGUAAGGACCGCAAGCCCGACCACGAGGACAUCAAGAAGCUCAAGUUCCUCAAGCAGGUCAUCAACGAGACCCUCCGUCUCUACCCCGCCGUCCCCUUCAACAUCAAGACCUGUCUCGAGGACGACGUCCUCCCCAACGGCUACUUCAUCCCCAAGGGCUCCCUCGUCGUCCACUCCUCUUACGUCACCCACCGCAUGAAGGAGUACUGGGGCGAGGAUGCUGAGGAGUUUGACCCCGACCGUUGGGGCCCCGAGCGUGUCAAGGUCGUCCGUCCCUUCAUGUUCUUCCCCUUCCAUGCUGGUCCUCGUAUCUGCUUGGGACAGAACUUUGCCUAUAACCAGGUCAUGAACACCAUGACCCGUCUAUUGCAGAAGUAUACCUGGACUGUUGUCGAGGGCUUUGAGCCCAAGCCCGAGUCCGAUAUUACUAUGUACUCUAGAAACGGCAUGCAGAUCAUCUUUGACAAGUACGAGGCCUAA